AUGGCUGAUCUCCUCGUUGCGGUCGUUGUCAUGCCUCUCAGUCUUGUGCAUGAAGUCUCCAAGGUGUGGUGGCUUGGUGAGUCCAUUGUACGUAUUUUGACCCUCCAAACUCGACCACCUCGCCCCUCCACCUACGCUCCCAAUAAAUUAGUCGAGCACUCACAGUUGGAAAUUGUCAAAGUUUAUCGAGUUUUAUUCAACGAAAUUGUGGACUUUAUUAUACUCUUAAGAAAGAGGCUAGCACUUUGCGAUCUGUGGAUAUGCACGGAUGUGCUCUUGUGUACAGUCUCCACCCUCCACCUGUGUGCCAUUGCAAUAGAACGCUGUCUAGCGGUGAGCAGCCUCGCCUAUCUGCGACACCGCUCGGCCACCUUCGUGCUAAUCAUGGUGAGCAUUUGCUGGAUCCUCGCCACCAUGGUCAGUCUACCUGCGCGCUUUCACGCCAGGCGCCAGCUCGAAAUCCCCAACGUUGUUUACGAGGGCAUUUGCGAGAUCAACAUGGGAGAGGGCUACACGAUCUACUCCAACCUACUCGCUUUCGAUUUGCCUAUGGUCUUCAUCGUCCUAAUGUAUGCUCGCAUCUACUUCACUGCUCGUCGUCAUAUUAGGAAGAAACAUUUUGUCAAAUACCAAACCAAUUCGACCACCAUAAAGGGCAACAGUUAUCAGUCGGCUACCUCUGCUGAAAAUCCGGAAAGCCACCGUUAUUGCUGUUACUGCUGUGGCUACGUCAUGGAGACAAGAUUUCACAAGGGCAGGACAAUGUUCAACGUGGAUUCUACCCAGUGCUCAGGAUUCCAAUAUUCAGGUAUAAAGCCCGAGGAGGAGCGCUACCUGCGAGAGCGUCUAGAGCAAAGGCGCGAACGAAAAACGGUGCGAACAUUGGCUAUAAUUACAGGUUGCUUUGUCCUUUGCUGGCUCCCCUUCAACAUUCAUGCGCUGCUAUCACCAUUCUUUGGACGAAUUCAUCCAAUUGGUGUCUCAGUGCUACUCUGGCUAGGAUACCUUAAUUCCCUCCUAAACCCCAUCAUUUACACCAUCUUUUCAAAGGAUUUUCGCAGUGCCUUCCGAAGAAUUAUUUGCCAAGGUCCGCGGUUAAAGUGUUUCCGCUGA